GUUUUUUCCCUCUCAACACAUCUCUCUUUCUAGCUACCAUUCUUCCUUAGUUUAUUCCAAAACUCAUUAUCUUUUCUCACUUGGGUAUUUCUUGUUUUCAUUUGAAGUAAAAAAAAAUCCAAGAAAAUCCCUUAUUUCACUUGUUAUUGUUGAUUGAUUUGUGGGGUUGGUUCCAAUUCUAGUGAAUAUAUUGUAACAUACAAUGGGAGAUGAAUCAAAUGGAAAAGUUUCAAUUGAGGCUCAAGAAAGAAGUAGUUAUAAUAACAAACUUCCUAAUUUUCUCCUAUCAGUUAAGCUCAAAUAUGUAAAACUUGGCUACCAUUAUUUGAUUAGCCAUGUUAUGUAUUUGUGUCUUGUUCCAAUUUUAGGUGCUGUUUCUGUUCAUCUUUCUACACUUACUGUAGAAGAAGUUGUCCAAUUAUGGUACCAACUCAAAUUCAAUCUUGUCACAGUUCUUUUAUGCUCAGCUCUUAUGGUUUUCUUGGCUACACUUUAUUUUAUGACUAGGCCAAGAAAAGUGUACCUAGUCGAUUUUUCGUGUUACAAACCUAAACCAGAUUUUAUGUGUCCUAAGGAAUUAUUUAUGGAAAGAUCAAAAGAAGCUGGAAUUUUUAUCGAUGAAAAUUUGGCAUUUCAGAAAAAAAUAUUGGAGAGGUCAGGUUUAGGUCAAAAGACAUAUUUUCCAGAAGCACUUUUGAAAGUACCACCAAAUCCUUGUAUGGCUGAGGCAAGAAAAGAAGCUGAAAUGGUUAUGUUUGGUGCAAUUGAUGAAUUGUUAGAGAAAACUGGUGUUAAGGCUAAAGAUAUUGGGAUUCUUGUGGUGAAUUGUAGUUUGUUUAAUCCAACUCCAUCACUUUCUGCUAUGAUUGUUAAUCAUUAUAAGCUUAGAGGAAAUAUUAUGAGUUAUAAUCUUGGUGGUAUGGGCUGUAGUGCUGGAUUAAUUUCAAUUGACCUUGCCAAGCAGAUGCUACAGGUACAUCCCAACUCUUAUGCACUAGUAGUCAGUAUGGAAAACAUAACACUCAAUUGGUACUUUGGCAACAACAGAUCAAUGCUUGUUUCAAAUUGCAUUUUCAGAAUGGGUGGUGCUGCAAUUUUACUAUCAAAUAAAUCCUCAGAUCGUCGUCGUUCAAAAUAUCAACUCAUUCACACAGUACGUACACACAAAGGUGCAGAUGACAAAAGCUAUAGUUGUGUAUUUCAAGAAGAAGAUGACAACAAAAAAAUUGGUGUAGCAUUGUCCAAAGACCUAAUGGCUGUAGCAGGAGAGGCUUUAAAAACAAACAUCACAACUCUCGGGCCAAUAGUCCUUCCUAUGUCCGAACAACUACUAUUUUUCAUCACAUUAGUCGCGAGAAAAGUUUUCAAGAUGAAAAUUAAACCGUAUAUACCAGAUUUUAAGUUGGCGUUCGAGCAUUUCUGUAUUCAUGCAGGUGGAAGGGCGGUGUUGGACGAGUUAGAGAAGAAUCUUGAGUUAAGUCAAUGGCAUAUGGAACCCUCAAGAAUGACAUUAUAUAGGUUUGGAAAUACUUCAAGUAGUUCAUUGUGGUAUGAAUUGGCAUAUACUGAAGCUAAAGGAAGGAUUAAGAAAGGAGAUAGAACAUGGCAAAUUGCAUUUGGAUCAGGUUUUAAAUGUAACAGUGCAGUGUGGUGUGCACUUAGGACAAUUAAUCCUGCUAAGGAGAAGAAUCCAUGGAUGGAUGAGAUUGAUGAAUUCCCAGUUCAAGUACCUAGAGUUGUAACAAUCAAUGAUUCCUAAAGUAUGAUAUUUAGGAGGGAAUUAUGUGAUCAUUGUAAUAUUACCUUUGUUAUUAUUAGUACUUGGCGGAUAUGUACUUUGAUUAUGCUUUAAGAAAGCAAUACAAUUACUUCUGUUUUAGCUAA